AGCGCAAAAUGACAGCACAGCGGAUGUCCACUGAAAACGUGGAACGUUUCAUCAAUGAGCAGUUGAAGGAAGAUCUGCGGGUAUAUGAAAAGCGGCUGAAGGAGUUGAAUGCGGAAAUGCUGGAAUAUGUGCAGUUAAAGCACAUGAUUGAAACUAUCCUAACGCAAGAGAAUCGCAGUGAAUUUAAGACGCAAGUUAAUGUGGGCGGCAACAUGUUCAUCAAGGCUCGAGCGGAAAACGUCGAUCACAUAUUGGUAGACGUUGGGCUGAAGGUGUACGUAGAGUUUAAAAUCGAGGAAGCCAUACGCUAUGUGGAAAUGAAGAUUAAAGUGCUAACGAAGGAGGCAGAUAUUGUGCGUGAAAAGAGUAUUGAGACAAGGGCCAAUAUUAAGCUGGCACUUCUUGUGAUAGGAGAUGCACAGCAGCUUCACAAAACGCAGGAUGACCGAUAGUGGG